AUGUCUUCCAUCAGAUCCAUCCCACCUCCUCGACCCUCUCGCCCUGCAAGCGUCUUCUCUGCGUCUUCGAUCGAUACACUCGUUGCAGACCAAGGCUAUCGUGGCUUUCCAUCCCGAGAAGCCUACCUACAGGCCCUGAUGGAAUGGGCGGAAGAGAAAAAGUACCAUCAAUCUAACGAGCAAAUGCUUGGGUUCUACGGUAGAAAGACAACCAACGAGAUUCUGGGCAAGCAAAGCGACAAGGGCCUAGCACCUCAAAGAGCCACUGCCGCUCGAUUGGGUACUGUUCGUGGAGGAAGUCGAGCGGUGGAUGCACCGGCUAAAGAAAGCACCUCAAACAGACUGAUGAAGGCGUUCAGUCGGCGAAAGUCCACUACUUGA